AUGGCGGGAAACACCCCACCACCUCCUGCUGUUACUGCAGCCGAGAAUACCACAACCGAGAAGACCACAAUCAGUUACUUGUUGUUCCGGGUCUUGUCCGGUAACAAAAUAUGCAAGGCAACGGAACUUGCUGCAUGUCUUCCUCAGUGGCUUAGCGACAUCGAAGACAAUAACCCAAUUCCUCCUGAGAUCCCAGAGCUGCUAACUCAUCUUCUGCUCCCAUUUGGUACAUCCUCUACUCUCGAAGACAUCGAGAAGCUCUCAGGUACCCACUCUUUGGUCGGUAGUCAGAAGUGGAUGAUGAAACUCCGUGUCCUCAUGGAGAACAAAGCACAUAAAAAGCUGCUGCAGAAGUUGGAAUCUAUGGGAGAUCAAGAGGUGUCAUUUGAAGAUCUCUGUGACCAAGAGAACGCUCAAGAGAACAGUAUGGAUGAUUAUCUCGUCGUUGGCCCCAAGUGGACCCUACAAUUUGACCAUGAUAUGCGGGAUGUGAUGACCCGGGGCGACAAAAACGCAAUGAAAAAGCAUCCCGACGUCUUUUACCUGACCGGCUGGGUUUCCUGGACAGUUCGGUCUCCUUAUUGGAAUGUCGCCUUGGCCACCGAUGAUCAAGGUAAUCGACUCCUCUCAGAUGAAGUAUUGGAUAGAGUCCUUCCUAAAUGGAGACAAAUUCUCACCGGGGAGACAAUCCCGACCCCGAAAUAUGGCGUUGUCGAUUCUUUUCGUUCGUGGCUGGCUCGUGAGGAGAAAAAGGCCAGUGAUCUCGGCAAACCUUGGCCAAACACCCCUAUCAAGAAUGUCCCUUCAAUUUCAGAGCCCAAGUUUGAAAGCCCCAGGACCCCGGAACCAUAUUAUCGCCCUCCCGAUUCUCGCCUUCGCAGCACAAAUGCGAGCCGUCUCUCUCCACUUGAAUCCACUCCCGAUGUCACCGAUGUCACCGACAGUGAGCAAAUUGAAAUGCUCCGGGAGAUACUCGCAGAAGUCAAAGAAUUGAGGAGAAUGAUCGGCCAAAUCAUCGAAAGGAACGAAGCGCUCGAGUUUGCAGAAAAUCAAAUGUAUGGAUCUUGGCACCAGGGCUACCCUCCCAUUCCUCAAGCAAUGCAACCAAACUAUUACGUGCCACCAGAUGAUCCAUUCGUCAGUGCUCAAUAUUAUGACCCGGCACUUGAGCAAGAUUGGCAACACUGGAACUCACAGUACUAUGACCAAGACCCAACUACCAUGCCAGACCCCGGAGCUGGUUCAGCUCAUCUAUUCUAA